AUGACUCGUAGUUUGAACCUGGUUAUCACAUUGGGAUCAAAAACCAGAGCUGAAGAAUUUUUCGACGCGCUGGCCAUUGCAAGACGCGUUUACGAGCUAGAUAUAACACUCAGCUGGCAAUGGACAAAGACUGACCUUGAAUCAUUCGAGAAAGCACUCAAGACAUCUAGUGUAUCAAUUCUUCGACUUGAUCCUGGGGAGUUUCAGAAAAGCGCAACCAGAAAAACACUUUUGACAUCUUCACGAUAUGAAGUACUUGUUCGCAUCAUGGAGAUUGGCAACAUGAAGGCUAUUCAUAUUGCUCUACCUCCAGACCUCACAAAGUUUUCGUAUUUGCAGCCCAGAAGAUCGUCACAGCUUCAUCAGCUAUCCUUUAAGAUACAACCUCAAUCGAUCGGAGCUGGUGUAUAUCGAGUACCUACAAAUUCACUCAAGUUCAACACAACUUUGACCGCCCUGGACCUGAGAGAUAACUUUAUUGGGAAAGAAGGAGCUCUGGUGCUAUCCAAGGCAUUAAAGACGAACACGACAUUGACCACUUUGAACUUGCGCGGUAAUUCGACCGGGAAAGAAGAAACUCUGGAGUUGUCUAAGGCACUAACGACGAAUACAACGUUGGCCACUUUGGAUCUGAGCCAUAACUCAAUUGGAAUAGAAGGAGUUGAAGCACUCUCAGAAGCACUUAAGGCAAACAGGGCUUUGGCCGCCUUGAACUUACUCGAUAACUCAAUCGAAAAAGAAGCUCUGAUGCUGUCAGAGGCACUCAAGGCUAACACAACUUUGACCAUUCUCGACCUGGAGUAUGAGCCUUUUGCAAAAGAGGAACUCUGGUGCUAUCAAGGACCAAUAUCACAUUAA